AUGGCAACGGCACAGCAGCGGUCGCCCUUAUCGGAGCCGGGUCCAUCCUCCCGUCUCGCGCCGGACGAUGCAUCGGCAGCCACCACAACCACGUCCACGCCACGGCCCAUCGCAUCACGAGUGCGCUCGGUGCUGUUGCAGGGCCCGCACGACGCCAAGCAGGUCAAAGCCGCACUCGAUACUCUCGCGAGCAUGUAUCCCGUCUCGCCUUCCAUUCUGAACGAUCAAGACACCGGCAGACACACUGCAGCAAGCGCAGGCGGAGAAGAGCUGUGUCUGGUCGACACGGCGCGUGCGCGGCGCGAUCUGGACGGCGAUGUGCGCGCACGCAUGCUGAGCGCGAUGGACAGCAUCAUCGACGUGCUGAGGAGCGUCGACGAUGGGCUCGUGCGGCUGUCGGACGAGGUGGCAGCCAUGCAUUCGUCGUGCGAUGCGAUGCAGGACAAGAUCCAGUGCGCACACGAUGCCAGUCGGCACCUUGUCGAGCAUGCAGAGGGCUUAGAACGCCAACGCGCCGCCGCACUCGUCCAGAUCGACGUCGCACAGCUCUUUCUGAAUAGAUUCACACUCACGCCGGUCGAGCGCGCGGCGAUCGAUUCGCGAGAGGUGCGUGUAUCGACCGAACUCUUCCAGAUCAUGGACAAGCUCGUGCGCAUCCGCACCGAGUGCCAGGUACUCUUACAGGGAUCCGAAUCCAUACCCGCCUCCACCUCGGCCUCCUCAGCAGCCGCGGCGGCGGGUGGGGGGACACGUGCAGGCAUGGAGAUCAUGUCGUCUACGGCGCACGAUCUCGAACAGGCGUAUGAGAAGCUGUACAAGUGGUGUUCGUUCGAGUUCCGCCAGCCCGUCAAGGAGGGUCUCGAAGUGUCGCCCAGCCUGCGCGAGGCCACGCGCCGCCUGCGCGAGUCGCGGCAAGACCUACUGCGCUCGGCACUCAAGACGCUCGUGCAGACGCGCAGCUCGAUCCUCGCUAGCGCGUUCGUGGCUGCUCUCACCGUGGGUGCCGGUCCACCCACGUACCUUCCCGGUCCGAUCGAGCUGCAUGCACACGAUCCCAUGCGGUAUGUCGGCGACAUGCUCGCCUGGAUCCACCAGACGGUCGCCUCGGAGCGCGAGUUUCUCACUGCGCUCUUUGACGAAAAGGAGGGCGAGGGUGGGCGGCGAAUUGGACAGCGGAGACGUGGGCUCGAGGGAUCGGUGGAUCUGGGCGCUGCGGAUGCAGAGUCGUUGCGGCUGGGCGCGGGUGAGGCGCUGGUGCGCGAGGUGCUCAACUCGAAUCUCGACGGAUGCUGUGGACCACUGAAGCUUCGUAUCGGGCAGACGCUGCGCUCGCAGGAAGGCAGCGUGACAUCCUACCGCCUCGCGCAUCUGGUGCAGUUCUACCGCUCCACGAUGGACAAGACCAUCGGCUCGCGCGCAUCGCUCAGCCGCACACUCGCCGAACUCGCCGAACUCGCUGUGGCCGCCUUUGCCGAUACACUCACACGGCAGAGCAGGGGAAUCGAGCGGUACGACGGCUCUAUCGAAUCGGAUCUCUCGCCACCGCCACCGCUGCUCGCCACGCUGGGGACACUCAAGGAGCUUAUGGGCGAGUUUUCGCGCUCGCUGGCAGAGGACGACGCGGCAGCACACGCCCAGGCUUCGAUGGCACAGGCAGACGGGCCGACGCCAUCGUUGGGGAGCUUUGAGUUUGUGCUGGCGACGCUGGUGGAUGCGCUGGUGACGCUGGUGGUGCGUAUGGCCGAGGCGCACGUUUCCAAGCGCCCAAGAUCGCGCACGGAAGCGGCGGCGCGAUGGGAGGCGCUCGUGUGGCAAUGCAACUGCCUCGACGUGCUCGUGUCCACGCUGGGCGUGCACCCAUUCGCCGCGACCAAGACCGGUGAGCUUCGUGCCCGGCUCGAUGCGGCGCUGGCCGAGGUGGCGCAGGUGCACUCUGCGAAUGUUUUGGCGCGCGCGGGACUCGCACCCGUGCUGGCGGCGAUGGAAGCGGCGCAGGCGCCGGCGUCGAAGGUGGCGGGUGCGAGACAGGCCGAGGUGGUGCAGGCGCUCGAGCGGCUGGAGCAGUGUUUGGCGCACGACGAUCUGCUCACGCCGCGUGAGCUCGCGCGUAUGGCCUCGCCCGCCUCGCGACAAGAUGUCCACCACACGGCACUCAAGAGCCUCACUCGGUCGUAUCAGGUGCUCGUCGAGGCGCUCGCCGAUCCGAACAACCAGUACGAUGUGCACGUCAAGCGCUCCCCCCAGGACGUAGCCAUCCUCCUCGGCCUCUAG